AUGGGGAAAUCCUGCAUGAAGUACUUCAUGUACAUCAACAAGAUCAUUAUCCGUAAUGAAUCCCAUCAAGGACUGAUUGAGAUAUUAAACAGAUCCAGUAGUAAUAUCAGAGAAUUAGAAUUAUCUGGUUCUAACAUUACGGGGGUUGGAGUAGGAGUAAAUUCUCUUCCAAACCUAGAGAUACUGAAGCUGAUUCAGUGUGAUAAUCUGACAGAUAGAGGACUGGAGGAGAUUCUAAGAAUAUCCAGUUUUACUCUCAGAGUUCUAGAUGUAUCCAGGACUAAUAAAACAGAGCAGGGAUUCCAGGAAGGAGUAUCUCUUCUUAUGCUGGAGGAACUGAACCUGGGAGUGUGUAGACAUCUGACAUAUUCAGGUCUCCUGGAAAUACUGAGUAUCUCAGGGAAUAGAUUGAAGACUGUGAAGGUGUACGGUAUACCUUAA